AGCGCGCAAGUGGUGGAGCUCAGAAUGAGAGGAGCUAGUCUUUUGAUUGGAGGAAGACUUACGUCAACAAAGAAAGAUGGCGGAAGUGGUGGAACUGCAUAAACUGAAGCUUGCUGAACUGAGGCAGGAGUGUGAUGCUCGAGGUCUGGAGACCAAAGGGAACAAAGGAGAGCUCAUCGCCCGACUCCAAGCAUACCUAGAUGAGCACGGUGAAGAGGAAGAUGUGGACUUAGACGAUGUGCUGGCAGAGGACACGGCGGACUUCACUAAAGUUGAGAGUUCCAACACGGUGAAAGUGGACGAAGACACUGAAACGACUGCGAGUGAGAUACCUGCUGAGAAGAAGGUGGUGAAAAUCGCUCCUCCAUCAUCUGCCAGCGACCAGAGACUACAGAAGAGAGCUGAGCGCUUCAACAUGCCAGCCUCAGCUGAGAGCAAGAAGGCCAUCCGUGCUGCGAGGUUUGGUUUACCUACUGAUGCUACCAGUCCCUCUCCAGGGGCUGUUGCCAACAGUAAAGCUGCAGUGAACCUCGAUCAGCUGAAGAAGAGAGCAGAAAGAUUCGGCAUGAACGUUUCAUCUGUUUCACAAAAGGUUGUAGAGGAUGAAAAGCUGAUGAAGAGGAAGGAGAGAUUUGGGAUCCUAACGGGAAUGUCGGCUGUUGGAGCAGGAGAUGUGGAGGCAAAAAAAAUGAAGCGUGCUGAAAGAUUUGGAAAAGUGUAAACGGUGUUUUGUUUUUUGAAGUUGUGUUCCAGGCUGUGCAGCGUAGAUUUCUGAGGAAUAAAUGAUUUGUUGGGUUGUUUCAAACCAAAAGUACACUUAAAUACAAAGUUCGAUGCAACGGACACUCCCAGCGUCUCAGUCGUGUCCUACGUCUCUGGAUCUAUGAACGAAAGCAGGUUCUCUGUCUGGUUGCUCAUUUGUUUUUAUCUUAAUUGAAAUUUGAGGAGCAGCGUUUGAUUUGGAUUAAAAGAAAAUCUGUUUUAGUUUUAUUUAGGUAUUUCCAAUAUUAAAGCCAUAGUGAGUUAACUGCAGAAUAACCGAUCUCUUGCUAACCCACCUGUGACUGUUCGGUACUUAGCUGUACUUUUGGUUCACCGGCUGCUUGUACUUCAGCUUAUCUGUUCCAUUUUCUAACACUUUGUGAUUUAAAAUAAAUUUUCAAUUUUUUGACAAA